AGCAACGAAGCAGCGCGACGGCCGGCCACGCGCGACGGCCGGGUCGGUCGCGCGAGUCGGCGGGCGCAUGGCCGGGUGAAGGCGAGCCAUGGUGAGGUGGCUUCCAUGGGCGCUCGCCGCGACUUCCCGCGGCGUGGCCGUGCGUGUGUCGAAACACCCGGUGGCGCUGGUCACUGAUCUGCUGCAGCAGCUGCAGGGCAAGGUGGAGAAGCAGGGCGAGGACGAAGCCACGCUUUGGGAUCAGCUGCAAUGCAACUGCCGGGACACGGCCAAGUCGCUGCAGCAGAGCAUCGAGGAGGAACAGUCCAGGCUCCCAAUGCUGAGGAGCGAGAUCACGGGUUUGGUGGCCCAGAAAGCGCGGCUCCUGGCGGAGAAGGAGAGGGCGGCCACAGAUCUUACGGAGGCACGCGAGGCGCUCACAUCCUCCGCCCAGCUCAGGAAAAAAGAGGCCGCCGCAUACGCGAAAGCCAAGGCCGAGACUGCCCAGAACCUGGAGGCCAUCGGGCAGGCCAUUGGUGCGCUGGAGAAGGGCCUGGCAGGGAGCUUCCUGCAGUCCCAGUCCGCGGACCUGGUGCGGCAGGCGGUGGCCUCCGCAAACCUCAGGGACUCGGACCGUGACGCGCUGUCGCGGGUCUUCAGUGGGGAGACUCUCCCGGAGAGUAGCAGCGCUGUGGUGGGAAUGCUACAGAGCAUGCGGGAUGCCAUGGAAGAGGAGCAAGGCGCCUCCGAGGCGAAGGAGACGGAGGCGAAGGAGGCCUUCGAGGGGAUGGCCACGGCCAAGCGGAGUCAGGUGGCCACCCUUGCAGCGGAGCUGGAAGCUAAGAUCACCAGGAUCGGCGAGAUGAGCGUAGACAUGGUGAACAAGCAGGAGGCCAUCGAUGACAGCAGCAAGAAGCUGCAGGAAGAUACCAAACUCCUGGCCGACAGCAAAGAGACCUGCCAGCAACAGGAGCAGGACUGGCAGUUGCGCACAGAGACGCGGAAUGAAGAGCUGCAAGCCAUCCAGGAGACGCUGAAGAUCCUAACCGAAGAGGCCGCCGGAGCCUUCCAGACAGCGCCUUCCUUCCUGCAGGUGGCCUCAGGAGAGCAGGGAAGCUCGUUGUUGGCCGCGGCGGCGGGCAUGCUGGAAGGCAGCGCCUCACCCAGCGUGGCGCUGCUGGCCAUGGCAUUGCGCUCGGGCAAGAUCGAUUUCAAGAAGGUCCAGGAUCGAGUGUCAGAUAUGAUCGAGGUGCUCAAGCGUGAGCAGCACGGGGAAGAUGAGAAGCUCAGCUGGUGCAAGGCAGAGAAGCGCGGCUCCGAGGGCAACCUGCAGACGCUGGAGCAAGCGGCCCAGGAUCUCGGGAAGAUCUUGGACGAGGUGAAGGCGGACAAAGAGCAAGCUGAGCAGGAGGUGGCCGGCCUGACCAAAAGCAUCCAGGACCUGGACGAGCAGAUGGACAAAAACACCCAGCAGCGCCAGAAAGAGAACGCGGAGUACAAGGAGGCCCUGGCAACCAACGACCGCGCCUCAGCGCUCCUGGAGCGCGCCAAGGAGAGGCUCCGGCGCUUCUACGAGUCCAAGGCGCCCAAGGCAUCUUUGCUGGCUCGGCGUCGCCUGCUGGAGCGGGUUCGUGCAGCCACGCGAACCAUUGCAGGCUUCGAGGUGGCCCACGAGAGCUCCCAGGCGGCCGAUCCGCAGGGCUUUGGCAGCUACCAGAAGCAGUCCGGGCAUGUGGUGAUUGAAAUGCUGGACCGCAUCGUCAAAGACUUGGCUGCAGAUCAAAAGGCCUUGGAGAAGCAGGAGAAGGACGCCCAGGCCUCCUACGUGCGAAGCAGCAAGGACGCCCAAGAGGCGCGGCAGGUGGCCACCCGCAGCCUCGCAGAGCAGUCGGGGGUGCGCGCAGGGCUGGCCAAGCGCUUGCAGGGCAUUGAGAUGAAGAAGCAGACCAAUGCGGAUGGCCAGGCCAACAUGAAGCAGUACUUGUUGGCCUUGAUGGGAGACUGCGAGAUUCUCAAGAGCCAUGAGGGGAGUAAGGAGGCCCGGCAGACGCAGAUCAGCCGCCUGGAGAGCGCCAAGGCUCUGCUGGCCAGGUAGUCCAAGGACAACCUUCCCGAGGCAAAAGGACUUUCCGGCGCAGAAA